AGGCAUCAGUUUUUUUCUUCUUCUUCUAUUUAGAUGGUCAUCUGGAAUCAUAUAUUCAACUAAUCCAUUUAAACAAUCCGGUAUGUAUGUUUUCUUUUUAGUCAAAUAUUCAUUAUGAUAAUGUGUAAAAUUUUCCCAGAAAAUGGAUACAAUAUGAGGAUAAAAAUCUUACGGAUACCGUUGAUAAUUUGACAGAAAUAGUCAAAGAUGUAUAUUUUCUCUGUAAGAAAGAAAUAUGAGUAUGAGUAUAUAAUGAUAAGAUUAUUUCUGAUUAAAUGAUUAUCAUCAUCGUAGGUUUAUUGUGAUCAAUGUUUGUUAUUUCUCAUAGAGUAGUUGACUAUGACAAACUUCAAAAUACAGUUUGUACAAUGGAAUUAAGAGCAAAACAUGGUCAACGUAUUCGAUUAGCAUUAUACGGUUUUCAUACCAUUGAUAGUGAUUUAGAUACCAAUAAUUACUUACCAAAACCAUGUUUAAAAAUUACACUGGAUGUUAGCACUCAUAGUUUAUGUGGUUUAUCUAAUUUUAAAGAUAAUUCUGAUGAUUGGUUAUCAACAAGUCAUGUAAUGACUAUACAAUGGUCACAUGAUUAUGAUGAUGAAUUAGAGGAACAACAACAAUACAAUAUUAGAUUAUUAUGA